GGUGGUGCUAUAUGCCUAUAUGAUGGGUCUGAGCACAUGUGUAUGUGAGCGUAUAUUAAUGUUUUUCUGAAACGUUUUGUUUACGGUACGAAUGCUGUCUGCGCGAUGAUUCCAAUACCGAUUGUGGUGUUUGUGUUAGGAGGAUGGUGCACGGUGUAUCUUGCGGACACAAUGCUAAGGUCCUCCAACUUGGUGAAGAGCAGUUAUGAGUCGUGGCUAUCCACCAAUGGGCUCACACUAUCGCCGUUCCACAUCCGCUGGCAGACCUGUCUCUUCAACCGACUGUUUGCCAGAUGCGCCCACCUUAACCCCCGUUUUCUUUACCUAUGGUUCAGUGCAGGGAUGGUGUUUGGGGUGGCUGCUAUGUUUGGCUCCGUGGUUCUGCUGAGCCGGACUUUGCUCCAGACCCUGGCCCAGAUGAUGUCAGAGACCCCAGAGGGGUCUCAUGAGCAGGUCCUGCAGGUGGUGGUGCCUGGUGUAAAUCUCCCUGUCAGUCAACUGGCUUAUUUUUUCAUUGCCAUCCUUAUCAGUGGAGUCAUACAUGAGUUUGGCCAUGGGGUGGCAGCACUGAGGGAGCAGGUAAGGCUGAAUGGCUUUGGCAUGUUCAUGUUUGUGAUCUACCCCGGAGCGUUUGUGGACCUCUUCACCACACACCUGAAUCUCAUCUCGCCCAUACAGCAACUCCGUAUCUUCUGUGCGGGAGUUUGGCAUAACUUUAUGCUGUGUGUGGCUGCUUUGUGCUUCUUGUUCCUGUUGCCUCUCCUCCUGUUCCCCUUCUAUUACACUGGAGCAGGGGCUCUGGUCACAGAAGUUGUGGAGGGCUCUCCAGCCAGCGGGCCUAGGGGUCUUUCUGUAGGAGACCUGGUGACCCGUUUGGAGGACUGUGCCGUGCAGGGAGUGGAGGACUGGCAUUCCUGUAUAAGACACCUAUCCCAUAACCCCCAGACUGGCUACUGUGUCCACGCUGCCAACCUGCAGCCGAGCUGGGCUGCAGGGCGAGCGUACAAACGCCUUGAUGGGACAAUGGAGUGUUGUAGCAAUAGCAGUUUGACUGAUCUCUGCUUCUCAUACAGUAAUAACCUGGAGAGCAAGCUGUAUGCCUGCCUGCCAGCGCGCAAGACCAUCGAAGCAAGUCGGACAUGCCGCACUAACACGGACUGCCAGACGGAUUUCACUCCCAGUCUCUGUGUAAUUCCCUCCCUGGAAAACCAGACCAAACUCAUCCGAGUCAAACACCUUCCUCAGAGAGACAUGCUGUUUGUUGGCUACCCCUCACACCUCCAGUUCUCAGUGAGUCUUACCAACUUUGUGCCUCGCCUUGGGUUCCUUCAUCUGGAUCUACCAAUCAUGUUGGAGACCUUCAGCAAAUAUUUGGUGUCGUUGUCGGGGGCAUUGGCUGUGGUAAACGCAGUGCCUUGCUUUGCUCUGGAUGGCCAGUGGAUGCUGACGUCCUUCCUGGAGGCCACACUCAGCUCUGUGAUUGUUGAGAAAAACAACCGGGAGCUGCUGGGCUUCUUCGUUCUGCUGGGAGGCAGUGUUCUGCUGGCUGCCAACGUGGCACUGGGCCUGUGGAUGGUCACCGCUCGAUAACGGACGCUUAUCUCCUCCAGCAGGACUUCUCGGAGGAAUCGAUGUCUUCAGGAGGGCUUGAAGACCGUGAGGACUUCUCUGACCUCAGGGGAGAUGAACUAAGUGGGAAGAGAAACCAGACACCAGCAAGGGCGCAGACUACAACUCCCAGCAUGCAUCACUCACCAGGGAAGAGUUGUACAGUCUUGACAAAAUGCCAUAUUGUCCCAGAACUGGACACAGCACUUUUUAAAUGGGACAGAUUGACCAGAGCAGUCCAACAACCCUGGUAAUCUUGGUGUCUGAGGACUGCUGUAGUAUUGCACAAUUUAAUCUUUUUGUUGGUGCUACAGAGGCUCUCUCUCUCUCUCAGGCAUUCAUAGACAUUCAUAGACAUACACAGUUUAUUUGGCAUCACUCAUAUUUUCUCUCCCUCAUUCACUCUUGUACACACGUUUUUCAGCGUAACAGUAAGCAUCUGCCUGCGUCAGGAGGGCAGCAAAGGUCGACCUUGCCUCAAAAACAUGACCGUGUCAGUGAACAAUUGAACGUAAGAGAAUGAAGCUAGAUGUAAGAUGUUUGUAAAUUAUUGUUUAAUUAAGUUAUUAAUUACUGUUUGGUGGGGACAGCAGUGCCUUCUUAGUGUGCCACCUUCAUUUCUACUGGAGUCAGGUUCUGUGUGAAAGGAGAAAACUUGUAGUAACAUUCUGGAUUUACUUUCAGUUGUUUUGUUUUUCCCCCUUUUCUUAAUGACCAUCGAGUACAAACUCCAUUUCGAUUUUUUUUAAGGUUAAAAACUGUACUACACACAUACUGACCUUGAAAUCAGAGGUCUCCAGAACUUUUAAGAAAUUACCCAAUUUGCAUCUUCAGAUGGAGCAUUCCAUUUUAAACAAACAAAGAAACAAAAAAAACAAAAAACACUGAACCAAUUAAAGAAAAUUUUGAACGCUCUUUUCCACUCUUGUUCUCAUGUGGACCUUUCUGUGAAAACAACAAAAGAAAGGAAAUUCAGAAUGGCCCCGUUUCACACAGAAUAACAGAGUAUUAAAAUGGAGUAAUGGUGACAAUAACACAAAGCUGUCUGUUGGUGUAAGGAUCUUUUUCAUUUGGGAUUUGUCACUCGCAGAGGCGCAAAGAGGCAUAGUGAUUACAAGGUUUGCCACAAAGGAAAAUUUCUCACAAGCACAAAACACCUGGACCAUCUUCGCUUUCUGUAAGACUGCAAUAACUACUUUUGCUGUCUGUGAAAAUUUUACAGUGUAAUGUUUUUAUUUUGUUGUAAUACACUCUCCUGUAUCGUGUUCAAUCCUGCCUUUACGGU